CAGGAAGUGAGGAAGGUGUUGCGGGCCGGAAGUGACGUUCUCCCGGUGCCUCCCGCCCUAACAGUAACCAACCUCAUAGCAAAAUGGCGCCCCUGGACCUGGAUAAGUACGUGGAAAUCGCCCGGCAGUGCAAGUAUUUACCGGAGAACGAUCUGAAGCGUUUAUGUGAUUAUGUCUGUGAUCUGCUUCUGGAAGAGUCAAAUGUUCAGCCCGUAUCUACUCCAGUUACAGUGUGCGGAGAUAUACACGGACAGUUCUAUGAUCUGUGUGAACUUUUCAGAACUGGAGGACAAGUCCCUGACACAAAUUACAUAUUUAUGGGAGACUUUGUAGACAGAGGGUAUUACAGCCUGGAAACGUUCACCUACCUUCUUGCUCUGAAAGCCAAGUGGCCCGACCGCAUUACACUCCUGAGGGGUAACCACGAAAGUAGACAGAUUACGCAAGUAUACGGAUUCUAUGAUGAGUGCCAAACAAAAUAUGGAAAUGCCAAUGCGUGGCGGUACUGUACCAAGGUGUUUGAUAUGCUGACCGUAGCAGCUUUAAUAGACGAGCAGAUUCUUUGUGUACAUGGCGGAUUGUCCCCAGACAUAAAGACCUUGGAUCAGAUCCGGACCAUUGAACGUAAUCAAGAAAUCCCUCACAAAGGAGCAUUCUGUGACUUGGUGUGGUCAGACCCAGAGGAUGUGGACACUUGGGCUAUCAGUCCCAGGGGGGCAGGUUGGCUCUUUGGAGCAAAGGUCACCAAUGAGUUUGUGCACAUAAAUAACCUGAAACUUAUCUGUCGAGCGCAUCAGCUGGUGCACGAGGGCUACAAGUUUAUGUUCGACGAAAAGCUGGUUACAGUCUGGUCUGCCCCAAACUACUGCUACCGGUGUGGCAACAUUGCGUCCAUUAUGGUAUUCAAGGAUGUGAACACUCGGGAGCCAAAAUUAUUUCGUGCUGUACCAGAUUCAGAACGGGUUAUACCACCCAGAACCACCACACCGUACUUCCUCUGAAGUCUCUCCACCUAUUGUGUACUGUGCUGGAUACAUGUUAUUUUUCUUUGUUUUUAAGCACUUUGCUGCUGAAAUGCUGCAUCUUGCCUUUCUUUUAAAUUAUCAGAAAUGUAAUGUUUAUAUUUCUAUUGUUUUCCAUUGAGGGGCUUAUUGAAGUGUAUUGUAAGUAGAGCACCUAAUGGUGACCAUAAAGUUCUAUCCUUCAAUUUCUCCUGAGGUUGGGGCCUGAGUUAAAAAAGAAAAAGACAUUUCAAUAGUAAAACCCUGGUACUGCAGCUCAAAAUCCACCAAUAAUUCCUAUAUUGUGCCAAAUGGUUAGCCAUAUGUGGCCAUUUACUAAAUAAACUAAAACUCUGUGGAUUUUCUUAAUAUUUCUUUUGCUAAUGUUCCAUCCAUUCAAGGGGUAUUCCAAUAUCAUAAAGUGAUUGUCAAUCAUUAGGAUAUGACCUCUGGGAUCCCCACCGAACCUUUAGAAUGAAGGAAGCACAGUGCUGUCCUUUUGUGUCCUUCCAUGCACACCAGUGUCCAGCUAUUUGUUGUGCAGCUUUAUUCAACUUAAUGGGACCAAUUGCAGUUCCUGGCACAGCCAUACAGCUGGGCACUGUUGUGCGGGGCAAAUGGUAAAUGUCCAGCAGCACUAACUUUAUGUUGCGUCUCCUUCAUUCUGCGGUUAGGUUCACACUAGUGUAGUAUGAACACAUUCUUGCAUCCAUAUUAUGGCUGCAAGUAACGGCACGACCUGGAACUUGAGGCUUAGUGAGAACACAUGUGCUCGUAAUAUACUAGGGUGAACCAUCCUCAGGAUUGAGUAUUCCAUCUGUAGUUCCCUAUUAAAGCCAUAUUGGGUAAUGAUUCUUAAUGUCCAUAUGCAAAAGUCCCCUUCCUUUUAAAUAAACCUAAAAUAAGCUAUUUAUUUACAGCUCUUAAGAGUUUCAGCAAUGACCUCCUAUACCACUCAAUGAGUGGUCUGUGUGGCUACCGCUUCAGGUUUGUGCAGGUAGAAUCCUUAUUGCCACAAUGUGAAAUUAAAUGAGGUUCUGUUUUGGUGCAAUAGUCACAGCCCUUCAAGAAAAAAAACUAAAUGUAUUACUGACCUGCUCAGAAGAAAAGCUUUUACCACCCCCUUGAAUGUCUUAUUGCAGUGCACUUAUUUAUAUUUUUCCAUCUAUACAUUACCAGGAUAUUCGACAGAUCCUAUUAACACACGCUGAGCCUGUGGGAGUUAAACCUUUGCCCUGAGAGGUGCAACCAUAGAAUAUAAAGCCUUAAAAUUGCUGAAAGUCAAAUACAAGUAAAAACUUUACAUGGGUAACUUAACUUAUGCUUGGCUUCUGGAUACAUAGAAUAUAAGAAGAUAGUGAUCCAAUCCCAUUGACAGUGAAUUGGCAAUGUAUGAUCUGUAUAGAGUGGAUGUCAUAUAGAUCCUUUUUAGGAGCCCUUGUCUGUCCUAAAUUGCUGAUGUCAAGGACUAUUAAGAUUUAAUUGGGGUUCUAUGAGAUUACAGAGAAAAAAGGGGUAUGCUUCCCUUCUGACCAGUGCAUAGCAUUGCAGCUCUGCUCCAUGUAUUUCAACACGGUUAAGCUGCAAUACCAGAGAGAGCCCAUGGACAAGAAUAGCAUUGUUUUAGGGGGAAGUAAAACUACCCUUUAACCUGGUUUUACAAACCAUCUAAUACCAUUUCAAGGUAUCCCCCUCUUAAUGGUAGAUGAUAGUAAGCAUUGAUAUUUAAAGAAAUAGUGCUGCCUGAUGUAACAUUGUGUAUGGAAAGAUUCUGCUGCGUCCCUGGUGGGACCAUUGCUGAGGCAGCUGUUUGACAUUCAGUGGUAAUCAUCCAUAUAUCCUAUUCUAAUUAUUAGGACGCUUGCACAAUAUUGCCAGGUGUUGGACCGUUGCAUCCAGUAGGACAAGUGCAUGAUUCUUCCAGAUGUUGGUUUGCCUGAUGAACUGUCCCUUCCAGCAUGCAGCGGCAUCUUUUCCAUGGAUGAUUUCAAAACGGGUGGAAAAUAGAGGUGCUGCACAGCCUCUUUAAGCUUUAAAUAUGUAUAACCAAUCUCCAAAGUAGUGAAACACAGCUGAAAUGUGAAUCUUAACACGCCAACCCCCACUCCUACCUGUUUGCAGUACCCCGAAAUAUUCUACACAUUAGUUUAUCCCAUAGUAGAACUGUUAAGUUUCAGCAGCAAAGUUAUUACAGGUCUCAUUGUAAAUGCAGUUUGUCGUGUGUGCAGAUAUGUAAUUCUCCUUUUUCAAAUAUGUUUUAAAGCAAAUAUAUAAAAGAUAAAGUAAAGCAUUGUCAAGGGUUGCAAUAUUUUUUUUUUUUUUUU